UGCCUGUUAUUUGAACAAAUAUCGUACCUCAAGUCAUCGUGUAUAAUAUAUUAUUAUUAUAAUAAUUGGAUCGAUUAAUAUUAUAGGCCAACUGAGUGUAUAUUUUAUACGAUUUAUAUAAUAUAAGCACGAGUGGACGACGUACGACGAUGCGACACCAAGUGCAAAAUGUAUGUUGUAUAGACGCAUUACAUGGCGACUUGAGUUAAAAUUGUAAAAGUACUACAUGGUAUAAUGAGUAGGUUAAUAAUAUAGUAGUCUACAAUAUCAUUGAAGUCGUGUGUUACUAAUCAAGUAUCUUAAAGUCACCAAGCUGAGUUCAAUUAUUAACAGACCAUUUUAACAUAAAUUAUAUCUAUAGUUCAAAGACUUUGCUAUUAAAACGCGAUAUCGUAAUUCAUAAACCGUUGGUUUUUUUUAUACUCAUAGUUUUUUACUCGGAGUUUGGCGGAGUGUUUUUGUCGGGUUAUUAUAAUCAUUGUUGGAUCGCUUAAUAUCAUAGCCAACACGCAGUGUGUAUAAUAUUAUAUAAUAUGAAUUAUUUAUUUUCACGCACGGGUGGAUGACGUACGACGCCAAGUGCAAAAUGCAUAAUUGUAUGUGGAUCCGCACGUGGAUUUCGAAUACUAAUUGCUUAUUUUUUUCUGCAGUCUUGGGCACUGCUAACGAACCCAUAGCUGGAUGGACGAACGACUUGAACAACUUGACCGGUUGUGCGCUAGGUUCCGGUCUCGGCCUGGUACGGGUUUUUCACGGGCCCAGCUACGUUAACGCCGAAAUCGUACCCGUCGACAUGUUGGUCAAUCUUCUUCUGGUGGCAUGCUGGGAUUUAAUUAGAAAGAAGACGGACGUCGUCAACGAGGAAGUUCCCAAAGACGCAGAAAAUACUUUGAUUUACAAUUACGCUUCGUCUAAUUAUAAACCGUGCUCUUGGAAUCAGUUGGGAGAAACGUUUUUUAAGAACGAAAAAAACGUUUCAUCGCCAAACUUUUUUUGGAUGCCUUUUUAUUAUGUCACCAAUAGCAUAUUUAUCUAUUGGGUGAUGACAUUUUACUUACACACUGUGCCAGCCAAAGUUGUGGAUUUGUUCAUUUGGAUGAUAGGAAAAGAACCCAGACUGAACGAGUUCUAUAAACGAGUGCACGCAGCAGCUAAACAUUUGAGUUCGUAUCAACAAAUGCACGUCAGAUACCACAAUCCCAACGUCAUAAAUUUAAUGAGCAAAUUGUCGCCGAGGGACAAAAUGUUAUUUGAUUUCGACAUGAGCACGCUAUCGUGGGACGCCUAUUUCGAUAAGUAUCUGAAGGGCCUUCGGGUAUAUUUGAUGGGAAAUCCUUUGCACAUGCCCGGACCAAAUAAUAAUACACUGAACAGGUUGAUAACCAUUCAUUACAAUUUUAUAAUAUCCAUAUGUGUCGUGAUUGUAAUGUACACUAUAUUUUUUUAUUGUUAAAUAAAUUCAUGUACACUGUACAUAUUAUAGUAUAUAAUAUUGUAUAGAUUAAAAUAUUGAAUAUUUCUAAAAGUAAAAAAAAGACGCAUUUUAACCGUUUUUACAUACAUCUAUACUAUAUUGAUUAUUGAUGUAUAACUGUGCAGGUAUAAUAUUAUAUUAUAUACCAUUUAUUAUUAAAGUCACUAUAUUAUUAUAGUAUACAAUUGUAUAGCUUAAGCCUACACAAUUAUUAACUGAUGUUAACUGUUAUAGUUAUAAUAAUAUAUACUAUUAUACGUGUACAUAAUGUAAUGUAUACGCAAUAAUAUUAUGCUA